UGGAAGUGCAUCUGCUGGAGAAGAUGAGACUCAACUGCCAUGUGUUUCAAGAGGAGAUCACCUUAGUUCACCUGAAUCGUCAGUUGGCUCAUCUUCAGGUAGCCCUCGAGGAAUGUCAGGCCAAGGAGGAGAAGGCCGAGAGGAAACAGCGCUCCACUCUGGGCCAGCUGGUGUCCCUGCAGUCCCCCGCCAUGCUGGUGGCCACCCAGGAGACUCAGGGCCCAGACGGCUUCAGCUUCAGCGCCCGGCUCAUCAGGGGACAGGGCCUGGUGGUGGUGCACCGCAUGGAGGAGUCCCACCUAUGCGUCGGCGACAGGCUGGUGGAGGUGAACGGGGUGAGUGUGGUGGGCAGUGGAGAGGAAGAGCUCCAGGCUCUGCUCCACCACCAGACUACUGCCCACAUCGUCGUCCUGCGCAGACCUCCUCCUAGUCCUCCUCCUGUCCAGGAGCUGCCUGCUGAUGCUACUGCUGCCGUCAGCGCCCCCUGGAGCCGAGGAGUCCACACUGCAGCCUCCAGAUGACAGACAGCUGGCUGAGCAAGAGGAUGGAUAACGUUCUUCUUCUUCACCUUCUUCUCGUCCUUCUCCUCUCUUCUUCUUGUCUCCAUCUUUUUCUUCUCCUUCUUCUCGUCUUUUUCCCUUCAUUCUUUCCCUUGUUCUUUAGUUCUUUCUUCUUCUUUCUGUUGCCUUGUUUCUCUAUGUCCAUGCUUUAUGUUGUGUCUUAAUUUUGUGACCCUUUCUGUGCCUGUUACCAUAGAGAUUAGUGUUCGGUAUUUGUUUCCUCUACUACUCCAAUGACUGUAAACGUGCCUGACUUUUUAAAAUGGAAUGUUUUGUAUCAUAUUUGACUUUUACAUACCCUGUUGUUUUUAAAGCAAUGAAAAUGGCACCCCGGUAUUAUGGCACCCUCCAUAUCUGUAUUCAAUGUAAUUGUAGUUGUUUUGGUCAGAGUAAUGACUGUAUAGCAGAAUAUAAUUUGAUAUAUUU